AUUAAAAACCAUGUGGUUGAUUGACUAAUUGAAAUUGUUUACAAAUUAAAUGUAAUAUUUAAUAUGUCAGAUCAUAAAAGUUUUCUAGAUUUAGGCGUUAAACCUUGGAUAAUUCGACAAUGUCAAGAAAUUGGUGUAAAAAUUCCUACUCCAAUACAGUGCAACUGUAUUCCUGCAAUAUUAAAUGGGAAAGAUUGUAUUGGAGCAGCAAAAACAGGUAGUGGAAAAACAUUAGCGUUUGCAUUACCAAUAUUACAAAAAUUAUCUGAAGACCCAUAUGGAAUAUUUGCAUUAAUACUUACACCGACACGGGAGCUGGCGUAUCAGAUCGCUGAUCAAUUUGCAGUUAUUGGAAAAGCUAUAAAUUUAAAGCACACUGUUAUCGUUGGUGGUAUGGAUAUGAUGACCCAAGGCCAAGAAUUAACUAAAAAACCACAUAUAGUUGUAUCAACACCUGGGCGAUUAGCUGAUCAUAUAGAAAGUUGCAAAACUUUUACAUUGAAAACAAUUAAAUUUUUAGUAAUGGAUGAGGCUGAUCGUUUAUUAGGUGGUGAUUUUGAUGAACAAUUGAAAAUUAUUUUUACUGAUCUACCAAAAAAGAAACAGUCUCUAUUCUUUUCUGCAACAAUCACCGAUGCAUUAGAAAAAUUAAAAGGUGUUACUGGUAAUGAGGUUCAUAUUUGGCAAUCAACAGAUGAAGUUUUAACCGUUGAUAAACUAACACAACAUUACGUUCUAAGUCCAUAUGAUGCACGAGACGCAUAUUUAGUACAAGCUAUACGGACAUUUCGUUCACAAGAUGAAGAAGGCAAUAUUGUUAUAUUUACGGAUACUUGCAAGAACUGUCAAUUAAUUUCAAUUACACUAAAUGAAGUGGGAUUUGAAAAUGUGGCAUUACACGCAAUGGUUGCACAAAAACAACGUUUAGCUUCAUUAGCAAUGUUCAAAUCAAAUUUAGUAAAAAUUUUAAUUGCUACGGACGUGGCAAGUCGUGGUCUAGACAUUCCUGAUGUAAAAUUAGUUAUAAAUCAUACAAUUCCAGAUGUACCAAAAGAAUAUAUUCAUCGGGUUGGUAGAACAGCACGUGCUGGUCGAUAUGGUUUAGCUAUUUCAAUUAUUACACCGGAGGAUGUUGAGAAAAUUUAUGCAAUUGAAGAAUUAAUUGGUACAAAAUUAACGGAGUAUAAAGUUAGUGAUAAAGAAGUUGGCGAAAUAUUUACACAAGUAACAGUCACAAAAAGAGAAGCUGCAAUUAAAUUAGAUGAAAAAGAUUUUUUUGAAAAACGUAUGAUUAAUAAACGAAAAAAAUGGAUACUCGAAGGAAAAGAUCCGGAUGAAGAGGAAGAAAAAUUUUUUAAUAAGUUUAAACAAAUUAAAAAGUCUGUAAAGUACUUUCCUUGA